AAAAAAAAGAGAAAAAGAAGAACAGGGGGAGAGGGAGAGAGAGAGAGAGAGAGAGAGAGAGAGAGAGAGAGAUUUCUUCCUGGGGUUCAAAGGAUCAUCUCCAUCUCAUCUCAAUCUCACAUUUCUUUCAAUUUAUACAAACACACAUACAUAUAAAUGUCUUCUUGCUUUUAAUUGAAAAAAUCUCGGCUGAAAUUCAAAUUUCUAUGGAUUUUAGCCUCUGAUAGGGAGAGAGAUUGAGAAAAGGAGGAUAAAUAUCAGAUGGGUAUUUCACAAAAGGAUGGGAAAAUGGAAGGGUGGUUGUAUCUCAUCCGAUCCAAUCGGAUUGGACUGCAGUACUCGCAGAAGCGGUAUUUCGUCCUUGAAGAGAACUCCCUCGAUUGCUUCAGAUCAGCGCCAGCAUCAAAGAAUGAGGAUCCUAUAAGAAGUGCAGUAAUAGAUUCUUGCAUACGUGUCACAGACAAUGGGAGAGAGAGCAUUAACAGGAAGGUAUUCUUCAUUUUUACACUAUAUAAUGCUUCUAAUCACGAUGACCGACUUAAGUUGGGGGCUAGGAGUUCGGAAGAAGCAGCCAGAUGGAUCCGUUCCUUUAAUGAAGCUUCAUCAAAGGAAUGUUCAAACCAAGGAGAGAACAUUAUGGGUUGUUCCAAAAGGAAGUGGCAGUCAUUUAGGUUGAGCCAUAGCAAGCAAUCUGGUCGUAUGGACUCUGUAGAUAUGCUAGACUGGACUCUUUGCUCAUCUUCCCAUGCCUAUCCAACAACUUCUGAUGUGGUUGCACCUUCUCCUUGGACAAUAUUCGGUUGUCAAAAUGGCUUAAGGCUAUUUAAAGAGGCAAAAGAUGGGGAUUUCCACGGCAAGCACUGGGAUGACCAUCCAUCAACAAUGGCCGUAGGCGUGGUUGAUGCAGCUUCGGAGGACGUCUUCCAGGCAGUUAUGUCUCUUGGUCCGUCGAGAUCAGAAUGGGACUUCUGUUUUCAUCGGGGAAGUGUGGUUGAGCACCUAGAUGGUCAUACUGAUAUUAUUCAUAAGCAGCUAAAUAGUGAUUGGUUACCUUGGGGAAUGAAAAGAAGAGAUUUACUCUUGCGACGCUAUUGGAGAAGGGAAGAUGACGGAACAUAUGUUAUUCUAUACCAUUCUGUGUUUCACAAAAAAUGUCCACCUCAGAGUGGCUAUGUCCGGGCUUGCCUUAAAAGUGGCGGAUACGUAAUAUCACCCGUGAACCAAGGAAAACAAUCAGUUGUUAAACACAUGCUUGCGAUCGACUGGAAAUUUUGGAAGUCUUAUCUAUUUACUUCAUCUGCAAGAUCUAUUACAAUUCGAAUGCUAGGGAGAGUCGCAGCGUUGAGAGAAUUGUUCAGGGCCAAACUAGGAAACUGCCCAUGCUCCGAUUUCUCAUCGGGUGAAUUGAUGAAAGAGAUUGGGUUGCCACAAAGUGAAAAAGAGAACAUCAAAGUUGAAGUUCAAUCAUCAGCAGAAAAUGGGAUGAGUGAGGAUUUAACAGAAAGAGAGGAGGAAAAAUCACCGACCAAACCUUCUAGUCUGGGAGGAUCAUUCCUUCAACUCAGUGAUGCGGCUGACGAGUUUUUUGAUGUUCCAGAACAAGCAGAGUACGACGAACCAGAGACUUCGUGGUCUGAGGUGCAGGAUACACGACAAUCCAAACGAUCAACAGCUUCUGUUUUUGUGAAGAAAUUGCAUGACCUAGCAGUUCAAAAGAGGGGUUACAUGGAUUUACAAGAGGCAGCUAGGGAAGACAGCAUGUUAUGCAGCUACGGAUCCACCCUUCCAAAGGACCCAGGUUGUACGUUAGCUUGCAGUUGGACUAUCUCAGAUCCGUCCACGUUUCUUAUUCGAGGAGAUAAUUAUCUAGAAGACCAUCAGAAGAUCAAAGCAAAAGGUACCUUGAUGCAAAUGGUUGCUGCUGAUUGGCUAAAAUCUGAUAAGCGGGAAGAUGAUCUUGGUGGCCGUCCUGAGAGCAUUGUUCAGAAAUAUGCUGCGCAGGGUGGUAAUGAAUUUUUCUUCAUCAUUAACAUACAAGUCCCAGGUUCAACUACAUAUAAUCUUGCGCUAUACUAUAUGAUGAAUUCCCCCGUUGAAAGUGUUCCUCUACUGGAUAGUUUUGUCAAAGGAGAUGAUGCAUUUCGAAAUUCAAGGUUCAAGCUCAUACCAUACAUUUCUAAGGGAUCUUGGAUCGUAAAGCAGAGUGUAGGAAAGAAAGCAUGCCUGGUGGGUCAAGCACUGGAAAUGAAUUACUUCCGCGGAAAGAACUACUUGGAGCUCGGGAUUGACAUCGGCUCAUCAACAGUGGCAAGGGGUGUGGUCAGUCUCGUCCUUGGUUACCUAAAUAAUCUGGUGAUAGAAAUGGCAUUUCUAAUACAGGCUAACACUACAGAGGAGCUCCCCGAAUUCCUACUCGGGACUUGCCGUUUAAACCAUUUGGAUGCCACCAAAGCAGUUUUAGUGAAGCAAUGAUAGUGUAAUCUCAUAUCAUCAUUUCCUUCUUCUAAUCCCAAAAGCGGAAUGCCUGUGCAGUAUAUAAAAGCAAUGGCAGUUUGUACAUUUGAAAUUGCAUGUGAUUUGAGAACUCACCUCCACAAUUCUUUUA